UUCGACUCGAAGUAAGGGAAUGCAAAGUAAGUCGAAGCAGGAGGAAUUGCAAGAAGGCCAAGUAGUAUAUAAUUUGCUAGCUAAAGAUCAAUAAGAGACAUGAGCAAUAAGUGCUUAUAUAACAGUAAAAAUCCCUAGUGCCAAAUAAGCAAAGGCACUAAUUAACCGAACCCUAGCUAAGCGAGCCCUAGUGCAGCAAGCCAAUAACAAGAGAGCCUAAGCCAGUAGUCAACAUUUGGGCUGAUCUAGGUCAGCAAGUGAAGCGAAGUGAGCGAAGUGAGUGAAGCAGGUGAAGUGAAUGACAUAGUGAAAUAAGUACUAGAGACUAAAGCGAAUCGAAGGGUCGUGACACAAAUAUCGAAGGAGUGUCAUGACAAGAGCCCCUCGCAAGGACCGAAGUAAGUGAGGUCUAUGUAAUCUUGAGUCUGAGAUGAGCGAAGUAUCGAAGUAGGGGUUAUUGAAGUUCGAAGUUGAGUUGCUAGAACUUGUAUUUUCUAUGAAUUUCUGAGGGUGUUCGAAGUUGACUUAGUUCUUCUUUAAGUUUCCAUGAGAUUCUGAAUUUUUCCGAUGCGUUCCGAAGGGUUCUGAGUUUUUUUUUUUUUUUUUUUUUUUUUUUUUUUUUUCAAGGCCGUUUCGAAGACGCCGAAGGAGCUGAGGUUGGAAAACUUUGAGAAGAUUACCAAAUAUGGUGAAGCCCCAGAUCCGAAGUGUGACCGAUGUAAAGCGAGGCCAAAGAUGAGUGAUUGCAUCACUUGGUCUGGCCAUACAUCAUUGAAGUGUGCUUGGUGUAUCAAACAAGCUCAUUCCUGUUCUUUCACUAUUUCGAAGGAGGCAAAGGAGGUGAAGGAGGCAAAGGGGAAUGAAGUGAAGGCAAAGGAGACAAAGGAACUAAAGAGGGUAGCAGGGUCCUUAUAUCGAGUCGAAGAGAGUGAGGAUGAAGAAAUCGAAGGUGAAGUUGAAGGAGUUGAAGAUGAGGGCGCUGAAGAUGAAGUCGAAGAGGUCGAAGAUGAAGAGGUCGAAGAUGAAGAGGUCGAAGAUGAAGAGGUCGAAGAUGAAGAGGUCGAAGAGGAGAUUGAAGAUGAAGGGGACAAGGUUGGGGAUGAAGAUAUUGGACCAGCUGGAGCUGCUCAUUGCAAGGCUCAAAGUGUGCCAUUUUUGUGAGCCUUUCUACCACCACAAGGAUAGAGUCAUAAGGGGUAGCACCCCCUUUUGGGAUAGAAGGAGGCAACUUGACUAUAAAGUCAAUGGAUAUGGAGUCCCAUGGGCGUUCUGGUAUAGGUAGAGGCUGCAAGAGGCCAUAGGGCUUUUGCCGUGUAGG